UUUUCCACGAAUUAAAUGUCCGACGACAUUCCCAUGUCCCUUAGUUAAUUUCUUCCGCGCCCGACGAGAUCUAGGUCGUCUGAUACUACUUAUAGAGCUAGCUAGCUAGCCUAGAUUCCUGCCCUGCCUCUCUCGUUCCGUCCAAAAAAUCACUCGAGCUAGCUCCUCUUUGGCAACAGUUUGAGCAAACAGCACACGUCUUCUGGCCAGGGACCCGGGGAAUUAAUGACGGAUCACUGGAAGGCCCAGAAACCACUUCAUGGGCACGAUUUGGAGAAGGGGGGCGGGAAAUUAAUGGCGGAUCGCAAGAAACUACUUGCCGACGGCGAAUGGAAGGAGGUUGAUUAUAUCAACACCUAUGGUGUGUUUAUGGGCUACCUAUCCAUGGCCAUCAAGGGCUCAGGUUUCCUGGUGCUUACUUGGACUACCGUCGUACUUCUGGGUGGCUUCGUCUCUAAACUGAGCAAGAAGGACUUUUGGUCUUUGACAUUCAUCACCCUUUCCCAGACAGCGGGGAUCUUCGAUGUUAGUACGAAUGAAAAACUAAGAUAUAUGAAGAAAGCAGGCACUGGCUUGGUUAUGGGCGUUUGUUCGUGCGUGGUUGGCGGACGUGCUCGGAAUUCAAUGCCACGCUUUUGGUUGGCAGCUGUUCUGGUGGCAGUUCAAGGGGUGUUGUUUGGCGUAAUGUUGCUCCCUCUGGCGCUUGUCUACUUGGCUGGGAUACUCAUAUCCGGACUGCUUUCACUGUGGCGUCUGAUACAGCAGGAUUUCCAGGACAUGUCCAGUAACGAUAGAGAAGCAAACCUGGUGCCGUCGCUGAAUACCUUGUACUGCAUUGCCCUGGUACAAUGUUUCAUCUUCUGCUUUAGGUGGAUACUGCGUUGCUCCAGGAAGACAUUGGCUAAGCGAGUCGCCACUGAUGAUCGUGACGACUCGGAAAUCCAACUAGUUUACAAGUACAUGAGUGAAACAAAGAGGGGGUGCGAGAAGGACCCAACAUUUGUGCAAGGAAGGAACCUCAUCACACAUGCAGUGGACAUGAUCGGUUCCGACUCACCUGCUGACUGCAUUCAGGGGGUGCAGACCUUGUACACGGCCAUAUGCAUCGCAGAGAAGAACCACAAGGCGGAGGAAGAAGAUGGUGGCAAGGAGAGUGAGGACUACCGCGAGCAACGGGACAUUGCCAGAGGGCAACAUAUGCUGCUGAAACAUCUGGUUGUGUCUGCAUCCUCCUCCGAACAAGUACUCCAGAAACUGCUGGAGACUCUGAAUCCAAGAGGUGCACAUGACCGUGAGACGAGGAACCAGGCAGCCAAGAUCGUGGAGCGCCUUGCAUGCAGCAUCAGUUUGGAGCAGUUCCCCAUGGGGAUCCAACACAUAUCUUCCCUCAUCGGGACGCUAGAAGAAUACAGUAUAGCCGAGCCAUACGUCCGAGACUGUCUAUACGAUGAAUUUGAGAAACACUGGAUACUAGAGCUUGGUCCUUCAGCAGCCAGCAAACCUGUGAAGAAGGACUACAAGGAGCUCUUGCUGUGUGGCCUGCGUAUCCUCCGGAGGCUUGCAGCUGACGGGAACAACUGUAGAGUUAUGAGCGACACCCCAGGUCUUCUCACCAAGAUCAUGGCGCCUGUUGCCUCAGACCUCCUCCACAACACCACCCUUCGGCAUGGUGUAGUAUGGUCCGACAUAGUAGAUGGAUCAAUGCAAGUGAUGGCCCAGUUGUUAUUCACGGCCGAUGAUCUGGGAGAAAUCAGUAUCAAGCUACGGGAUGAAAUCUCCAGCUGCAAACAAGCAAUCAGCACUCUCUGGAUGAUCCUCAACUGUAAUGCAUGCAAAGAAGAGCUCAAGGGACGCGCCAUUCACAUUCUCACACGACUGUGCAUGGAUACCAAAAAACAAAGCAGCAGAAGAGAUGAUGUAACCCAAAAACAAAGCAGCAACAGCAGCAGAUAUGGUUUUGUGAGAAUGCUGGUGAGUAUCUUCACUCACGCUGGCAAGUAUAGCAGCUCCAUGAGAGCAUAUGCAGGAGAAGGACUGUCUCUGCUCUCUUCCCGUGGUGAAGUUGUUCAUAUUCAGGAGGUUCGUGGUCUCGUUCAAGUACUUGUCCGACCUGACGAAAACAAGACAUGCAGACAACACGCGGCUGAAAUCCUCGAGCAUCUAUGUACUCAUUGCACCAAGGAUGAUGGCCGAUACCAUGCAAAGCUAAAGAAAACAAUGACCGAUGCCAUGCCCAUGGUGACUGAACAAAUAAAUUCUUGUUUACCCACAUCUCAUCCACCAAACAACCACGAGCAAAACGUACCCAGAGCCGUCCUGCUGCAACCAGUUAGACCAGCAACGACCUUGCUAUCAUCCUUGUUUUCCCUUUAUGGCACAAUCUAUGACACGUUCGUCACCGACUUGGGUCUUCAUUGGCUCGAGGUUGCCCACCAAAACAAGCUCAAGGAGAUGGUAGUAAAAACAACACUAAGCCAUAACCACCCCACGGUCCAAAACCUGGUACUCUUCAAGGUUAUCAGUAAGCUGCUCAUAUCAUUGAUGAGGCACAGCGGCACCUUCAGGUUUGUCCAAAAAGAGGGCAUUAACAGCUUCAUAGUGGAACUCUCCGCUGCUUCCACCAAGAUGAGGGAUCUUGACUACUCCAUGGUUUUCCGCUGCGCCACCAGCAACUCUGAAUUCACAUCGAAGCUUGAAGGUUGUACUCUCGCGUCCCUCGUGAAAGAAUUGGCUGACAUGGCUGCGCUGCAUUCUCCUGCAUCAACUCUGUUCUCCUCCCCAAAGAAGUCAUCGGAAAAGGGCAGAUGGAAGGCCAAAAGGAAACCAGUGAAGCCAAAACUACAUUCAAGAAAACUGCCAGCCAAGGACAAGAGUUGGGCACCAAAACGGAAAUACAACCCUGUAGAGCCGUUCCUAACAGAAGAUGAGAUCAAGAAUAUAAGUUGGCCUUGCCAGAAACUACAUUCUUACUGUCUGCGAGUGUUCCGGAGUCAGCCAGGUAUAAACUUGUCCAUCAAGCACCACCAUUUCAAUCUUAGUGAUGGUGAUCUUCAGAUCAUGGUGCCUUGGUCGGACUUGUGGAAUUUAUACAGCUUCAAGGAGCUCAAUGCCUCCCUCAUGAGAUGCUGGACAUUGCACCUCUUCAGAAAAUGCGAGGAUGAAGGAAUUCCAAUUGGCUUCAUGGACCCAGAUUUGAUGUCUGGUCAAUCAAUUGAGGCUGAUCAGAAGAUCAAGAAUUAUGUGGUCAAUGCACUGGUGGCUCACUGGGAAAAAGAUAUCAUACUUGUUGCACACUACAGUGUUGAGUACAGUCAUUGGAUCACAAUCGCCCUUUCUCCGUUUCGUAGCAGAGUUACUUACUUUGAUUGCAUAAAGGGUCAAGAUUGGAAGAAACUCACCGAGUUCAUUGAUGAGGCAUGGUCACUCGCUCGUGAUGAGAAAGGACUAAAAUCCAAAAACUGUAAAUUGUCCCACUCCUUUGAUUAUAUCUGUUCCGGAGAACAGGUCUUGGUGGAAUGUGGUUACUAUGCAUGCCAUAAGAUGUUGUCAUUCGUCGAAUGUAAUUUGCCUUGGAAAAACCUUGGCCAGAUGUCGGGGAACUGUGACAUGAAGGAGAUUAGAAACCAAUUGUGUGACUUCUUCAUGGAUGAAUUGGAUGCCAUGCAUGCGCCACGUUCUUUUGGAUCAACUCCUGACUUCUCCCCAAAUAAGUCGGAAAGGGGAAAUGGAAAAUUUAGUAGCAACUAUGCUAAGUUCAAGAACAGUUUCGCGGAGGACAAGAAUGACGCACCACCAGCACUGGAUAAAGAAACAGAGGAUGACUCGUACAGAAUCCCAGAAGAGGAUAUAGCCUUCUCUACAGAGCACCUAGGUUUCGAUCAUAGUGACAAAGGUAUUGACAUCACGGUGUUUCGGUCGGACUUGUGUAAUUUAAACAACCUCAAGGUGCUCGACGCCUCUCUUAUGAGAUGCUGGACAGUGCACCUCAUCGAAAAAUGCCGCAAAGAACAAAUUGAAAUUGGCUUCUUGGACCCACAUGUGAUGUCUUAUCAAACAAUUGAGGGCGGUUCUAAGGAAAAUCAAUCAGAAGAGACUGAACGGGCUAAAGUACGAGUCUUGCGUUAUCUGGCCGAUGCGCUGGUUGUUCAACAGGACAAACGGUUCAUAAUUUUUGCACACAACGACUACUAUCAUUGGAUCACAAUCGCGAUUAUUCCGUCCUCGAGCGAGGUUUAUUACCUUGAUUCCAAGAAAAAGGUACGCAACUGGGAGAAAAUGCAGAAGUUCAUCGACCAGGCAUGGGCCCUCGAUCAUGCUGAUGGCCCUAAAUUGUCCCACCACUUCGGCUUCGAUUGUGACCAACAAACGGAAACGGACACUGUGAAAUGUGGUUACUAUGCAUGCCAUAACAUGUUGUUAAUCGCCGAAUGGACUUUGGCCAACAAGGAGGGGUUUCCCGUCAAAUUGGGGGCAUGCGACGCCGAGAUGGUUAGUAGCCAAUUAAAGAAGUUCCUAGACAUGAAAAUCAAAGCGGAGAAAAACAAACCGGCAUCGCAAGCCAAUUCUGCACCUCCAAUGGAAAAGGAACAAGCAUCGCAAUCCAGUUCUGAACCUCCAAAGAAAAGCCUGAAAAUUAAAAAGAAACAAGAAUAGCAAGACAAUUCUGCACCUCCAAUUAUUCAGGGUAGAGUUGGAUUUGGUUCACGUUGCAGAUUUCUUAUCAGUGUGUUUGUAUUUUUGCUAAUAACUAGCACGGGGCAUGCUUUAUAGUGUGUUGUAAUGAAAUUGUUUGAAAAUUAUAACUGAAAAUAGCUUUAUCAAA